UUCAACCAACGCCUCUCUCUUCUUCAAAGAGGGAAAGAGGCGACUACUUAAACUUCCCAAAUCCGCCAUUGGAAUCCAUUAUUAGUACCACUUCCUUCUUCAGGAAGGUGGAAUUAGACCUAGAAGGAUCAUUCAUCUCUCACUAUCUGCAAACUUCGUUGAAUUAGAAUUAGUAAGUGAGAGAGAGGAAGCGAUGGGCCAGGGACUUAGCUGUGCAGUUGGCCAAGAACAACAUGGACUCUUCACUGCGGUUCAGUUUGGAGACUUGGAGGCUCUGCGGAUUCUUCUGGAAAGAGAUGCGGAUCUCAUCCAUCAGACUACUGUCUACGAUCGCCACUCCGCUCUUCAUAUAGCUGCUGCCAAUGGCCAGAUCGAGAUUGUCACCAUGCUUCUUGAGAGAUCUGUCAAUCCCGAUUUGUUGAAUCGCCAAAAGCAGACUCCAUUGAUGCUGGCUGCAAUGAACGGGAAGAUAUCUUGUGCCGAAAAGCUUAUUGAAGCUGGAGCUAAUAUUUUGAUGUUUGACUCGAUUAAUAGAAGGACAUGCCUACACUAUGCUGCUUACUAUGGUCAUUCUAAUUGUCUUCAAGUCAUUCUUUCUGCCGCUAGUACAUCCGACGUUGCUGUAUCGUGGGGAUAUGCCAGAUUCGUGAAUAUCCGAGACGGUAAAGGAGCAACUCCGUUACAUUUGGCUGCAAGACUAAGACGGCCUGAAUGUGUUCAUAUUCUUCUUGAUAAUGGUGCUUUGGUGUGCGCUUCAACUAGCGGAUAUGGUUCUCCAGGGAGCACUCCUCUUCAUCUGGCAGCAAGAGGAGGAUCAAUAGAUUGCAUCCGUGAUUUGUUGGCAUGGGGUGCUGAUCGCCUUCAGAUAGACGCAUCUGGGAGAAUUCCUUAUUCGGUUGCUUUAAAGCAUGGGCAUGGUGCUUGUGCAGCUCUUCUAAAUCCUUCAUCAGCAGAGCCUAUUGUAUGGCCGUCUCCAUUAAAGUUUAUAAGCGAACUUAAUGCAGAGACAAAGGCUCUGCUAGAACAGGCUUUAAUGGAGGCAAACAAAGAGAGGGAGAAGAGUAUUUUGAAGCAAACGGAUUACCUACUUCCAUCUCCAUCACAUUCAGAUGAGGCAACCGAGGACAAUGUUUCCGAGGCGAGUGAUAGUGAAAUAUGCUGCAUAUGUUUUGAACAAGUGUGCACAAUUGAAGUCCAAGAUUGUGGGCACCAGAUGUGUGCCCAAUGCACAUUAGCAUUAUGCUGCCACAACAAGCCCAACCCCACAACCGCUUCCCUUACAGCCCCAGUUUGUCCGUUCUGCAGAAGCAGCAUAGCUCGGUUAUCUGUUGCCAAGGUCAAAACUGGAACAGAAGUCGAUAUUGAUGCUGCUGCCUCUUCAAAGCUAAGACGGGUGAGGAAAUCCAAGAACCCGAGUGAGGGUAGCAGCAGUUUUAAGGGGUUGUCAGCAGCCAUUGGUUCGUUUGGUAGAUUGGGUCGUGGGUCAGGAAGGAUUUCGGCCACGGAAAAUGAAUGGGGCGAUAAGGCUUCAAUCCAUUAGAUGGACUGUGUGUGUGUGAGUAUAGAUAGUAGUAUUGUAGAUUGGUUUGGGGGGAAUAAGGAUGAAUUUAGGAAUUUCAGGUUUAGGUUAAUAUCAGUUGUUAGUAGAAAUUCAAUAUUCAUGAAUCUUGAAUGUCUUUAUCUUGUUUGUCUGUCUUUUUUGUCUCCAUCUUCCUAUGUCAAAGAAAGUAGACCAAGAAGUGGGAAAGUGUUGAAAUUGUAUUAUAAUUUGAUACUUAUGAAUAAAUGUGAGCAUUAAGUCAUCAAGGAAGUUUUAAUUUC